CGCAGAAUCCGUCCCGAGACCCGGCUUCGAAGACUCCGCUUGGAGGAGAAUCCGGAGAAUCCGGAGAAUCGAGAGAAUCGAGUCUCGCCAUCGCCACCAUGUCGGCCUUCCCCGCGGGCUCGUUCGGGCAGAUGUCCCCAGCCCUCGAGGGCCAUCCAGCAGGCCGGCCAGUGUCCGCCUCGCAUCCCUUCCAGCUGCCGCCACCGCGAGCCUCCAUGCCGCUGUCGUUUGGCGCCGCUCCCUUUCGAGCCCCAGAGACUCGGGAUGCUGGAGAGACGACGGCCAUGGGACGUGGCAGUGUAUCCAGCGAGCAGCAGCAGCAGCAGCAACAGCAGCAACAGCAACAGUUGCCAUCUGUCAGCCAGCUGUUAACGCCCACAGCCCAUGCCAGCCGGCCCUCAUCCCCCUACCACCCGCCGCGAUUCGGCAUAUAUACCCCCCCAAACGGACCCACGGGCUCCCCCACCCCCUUCCGGACCGGGGGGGACUCUCACUCUCUCCCGCGCCCUGCCCGCCACGACAGCCCGCGAGCAUACACCGCAGAAGCCCUACCUCAUCCUCCUCAUCCUCCUCCUCCUCACUCGCGUAGCCUCCCUCCACUUGCCCACCUUUCCACCCCAGGUCCAGACCCACCCCGCGCCGCCGCCCUCCUACUCCCCCUACCACAGCUUCUCCCCCGACAAGGAAUACGCGCGCGACUUCUCCCCCUCCGAAACGACCACCGACUCGGCCACCCCCCCGGGAACAACAACUCCUCCUCCUCCUCCUCCAAGACCAAGAACGUGCGUCCCCACGUCGUCGACGAGCGGUACGUCGACGGCGAGGGCCUCUGUUACAUCUACGCCGACGGCUCGCACUGUCCCAAGAUCAUCGACGGCGUCGCCGUCAACGCAAACUGGGGCAUCACCAAGGCGGGCAAGCCGAGGAAACGCCUCGCCCAGGCGUGUCUGACCUGUCGCGAGAAGAAGAUCAAGUGUCAGCCGAAUCUGCCCAAGUGUGAUCAGUGCCAGAAGUCGGGGAGAGAGUGUCGGUUUGAGAGCGCUCCUCGUGGCCACCGCGCGGCUUUGAAAUCCUCCUCCCAGCUGGUCAGCAGAUAUGACCCCCGAGAUAGCUUCCCCUUGGGCAAUUACACCUAUGGGGGCUCGAUGUACUCGACUGUUCGCGCCUCCGAGAGCUCGACUUCCCUGCCUGGCACGAACUCGCAGUCUCCCAUCUCGGAGGUCUCGAUGAUCAUGCCUUCUGGCUUGGACAACAGCAACAACAACAGCAACAGCAACACCCAAGACAUCUCCUCGACCACAGCCACCACGAUGGCCGAACACGACCAACAAUAUCGCGUCCGAGCCCACUCCAGCGGAACCUACACCACUCACCACACCCACACCCACACCCACACGGAAGAUCCUCACACCACCUUCAACACCACAAGCACCACCCGACGCACCUCCCUCUCCCUCCUCACCUCCCCCUCCCUCACUCCCUCUCCAACCUCCUCCCUCCCCCUCCCCACCUGGACAACCGACCCCUUCACCACCGACCCCGACCUCACAACCCACUACAUCGAAACCUACUUCACCUACAUCAACGACCGCCUGUACUACAUGUUCCCACGCAAGCGCUUCCUCCUCUGGCUGCGCUCCUGCCGCUCCAAAUCCCCCGACGACAACAUGCUCCUCUACGCCAUGAUGACCCUGGGCUGCAUCUUCUCCGACCGCCCCGACCGCGCCGCCGCCCUGAAGCGCUAUUCCCGUAUCGCCCGCUACGCCGUCGAGCAUGGCAGGCAUCCCGGCAAGUUUUCGUUGCAGCUGGCCCAGAGUAGGAUCAUUCUCGGCGUGUGGUAUUAUGCCGUGGGUGCGUUGAUGGAGGCCUGGGACGCGGUGGGGGCUGCGGUGAGGACGGUUUGUGGGCUUCGGUUUAAUGUUGAAGGGGGGGGUGGUGGUGGUGGUGGGAGUGGAAAUGGGGAGGGAGGGGAGGGGGAUAGGGUUAGGGAUAGGGACGGGUGUGAGUUUGGUUUGCAUCCCCAGGCGUUGAUUGAGUGUCGGAGGAGGACGUUUUGGGUGGCGUUUUUGAUGGAUCGAAUGUGCUGCUUCUACAACCCCGCCUCGACCUUCAUCUCCUCGCAAACCGCCUACCUCCGUCUGCCCUGUCGCGAGGAAGUCUACGAAGCCCAGGAAUACACCACCGUGCCCUACUUCCAAUCCUUCCUCAACCAGCCCUCUUCUUCCUCCUCCUCCUCCUCCUCCUCAACAACAACAACAGCAACAGCAACAACAGCAACAACAACAGCUCACGAAACCCCCACCUCUCCCUCCACAAACCUCAGCGCCAUGGCGCUCCUCAUCGAAAUCACUUCCUUAUGGGGCGACGUCUCCGAACACGUCUUCCGCCUCUCCCUCACCCCCCCGGAAACCUACCCGGCCCUCUUCGACGAAUUCCACGCCACCGUCGCCCACCGCACCGCCGACUGGCUCUCGCGACUCCCCGACCACCUAUCCUUCUCCGCGGUGAACAUGGAGCGCAGCAUCCGGACCAAAAAGGCCGAUGCCUUCCUGUCCAUCCACCUGAUGUACCACGCCACCCUGAUGAAGCUGCAUCGUCACGCGCGCGUCUCCGUGCUGAACGAGACUGUCAUCAGGCGGAUGGUGCGCGCGACCCGCACCCACGCGGUCGAGAUCCUGAGGAUCGCCGGGGCGCUGGUGAGAUAUGCGGCUGAGUACGAGCCCGCGCGCGUGGUUAUGGAUCCGGCGGCCGCGAGGGCGACGGUCUUGAAUCCGUUCCUGGGCUACGUGGUCCUGUCGGCGGUGGAUGUGUUGAGUGCCGCGGGGUUGAUGGUGGAUCUGCCCGAGUGUGUGAAUUUGGUCCGUGCCGGGUGGGAGGUGCUCGGGGAGUUGACCAGGUUUUGGGGUGGCUGUUUGCCCCUGAAGGCGUUGGUGGAGAGGAGGCUGGAGGGCAUGGUGGAUGCCGUGAGGGGUGUGGGUGCGGGCGUGGAUGGGAGGGAGGUGUUUUUGGUGAAAGGGGGCUCGUUGGAUGGUGUUGUUAGGGCUGGACUGCUCGGUGUGAGUCAGAUUCAGAAUCAGGAUGCCGGCGUGGGAGCCGGUGAGGAUUUGUUGUAUGGCGCGUUGGGGUGCGACGGGUUGUUUGGCGCGCUGGGCGCAGAGGGCGUCUUUUCGGGCGAGAAGGUGCUUUGGGUUGUUGGGUAGAUGUGAGUGGGAUGUUUGCAUGGAUUGCAUUGGAUUGGAUUAUCUCUCUCUCCCUCUCUCUCUCUCUCUCUCUCUCUCUGUGUGUGUGUGUAUAAAAGCUGUUGGGGGUGCUUUGGCUGUAUAUACCCGGAGGAUUGUUUUUGAAGAAAUGGCAUCGCGUAUCUGGAUGUUAUUGCGGUUUAUGCUGUGUCUGGAUCUGUUUUUAUCUGUGGUAUGGACAGUGGAUAGGUUUCUCGGUAUACAUCAUGGUAGACAGCAGUUCCCAAGGGAGAUUGGUUCGACCUGCCAUUCUGAGGAGGCAGUAAACCUGCAUUGUCUAUUGUCCCUUCCCUAUAAGCCGUCCUCCGCCGAGCUGUCAGU